AUGAAGGUCACAGCUCCCAUCUCUGUCGCCAUGCUGGCUGUCACUGCACUGGCCAUGCCCGUGGAUACUGAACAACACCCCAUCGCCGUCGAAGGCAGUGGAAGCUCUGCGGUCGAAGCUGCCGCUACACCAGUGCCGACAAAGCCAUCAGCCAGCAAAGCGCAAGCUUCCGCGAUCGACUCGGAGGAACUCACUGCCUCGCUCAAGGCGAUUUUCAAUGAGCAGGAAAUGCCAAAGGAUGGCCGAGCGUGCUUCUGCGCCAACGGCUCCAUCUGCUGCAAUACUGGGAAGGGUCUUGACUGCACACAAGGUCUCUGUGGCAUCUGA